AGGAUGGCGCUCUCGGUGGCAGGGCUCCUUGUCUUCUCCCUCCUGCAAACCGUCCUCUCCCUCAACCCCGAGGACCCCAACGUGUGCAGCCACUGGGAGAGCUAUGCCGUGACCGUCCAGGAAUCGUACGCACACCCCUUUGAUCAGAUCUACUACACGCGAUGCACAGACAUCCUCAACUGGUUCAAGUGUACCAGGCAUCGGAUCAGUUAUAAGACAGCAUAUCGGCGUGGGCUCCGGACCAUGUACCGGCGGAGGUCCCAGUGCUGUCCUGGCUACUACGAAAGCGGAGACUUCUGCAUACCCCUGUGUACAGAGGAGUGUGUGCACGGCCGCUGCGUUUCCCCGGACACCUGCCACUGUGAGCCCGGCUGGGGAGGGCCCGACUGCUCCAGCGGCUGCGACAGCGACCACUGGGGCCCCCAUUGCAGCAACCGGUGCCAGUGCCAAAACGGAGCCCUGUGCAACCCCAUCACCGGCGCCUGCGUGUGUGCCGCCGGCUUCCGAGGCUGGCGCUGCGAGGAGCUCUGCGCGCCUGGCACCCACGGCAAGGGCUGCCAGCUGCCGUGCCAGUGCCGCCACGGCACCAGCUGCGAUCCCCGCACCGGCGAGUGCCUCUGCUCGCCCGGCUAUACUGGCGUCUACUGCGAGGAGCUCUGCCCACCUGGGAGCCACGGGGCUCACUGUGAGCUGCGCUGCCCCUGCCAGAAUGGGGGUACCUGCCACCACAUCACUGGCGAGUGUGCCUGCCCCCCAGGCUGGAUGGGAGCAGUGUGUGCCCAGCCCUGCCCACCAGGGACAUUCGGCCAGAAUUGCAGCCAGGACUGUCCUUGCCACCAUGGAGGGCAGUGUGACCACGUGACUGGGCAGUGCCACUGCACAGCCGGAUACAUGGGGGACAGGUGCCAAGAGGAAUGCCCCUUCGGGACCUUUGGCUUCCAGUGCUCCCUGCACUGUGACUGCCACAAUGGGGGUCAGUGUUCACCCACCACCGGUGCCUGCAAGUGUGAACCUGGCUACAAAGGCCCACGCUGCCAGGAGCGGCUGUGCCCCGAGGGCCUGCACGGCCCAGGCUGCAGCUUGCCCUGCCCCUGUGAUACCGACAACACCAUCAGCUGCCACCCGGUAACUGGAGCUUGCACCUGCCAGCCGGGGUGGUCUGGCCACCACUGCAAUGAAUCCUGCCCUGCUGGCUACUAUGGCGCUGGCUGCCAGCUGCCUUGCACCUGUCAGAACGGCGCCAACUGCCACAGCGUCACUGGGAGCUGCACCUGUGCCCCAGGCUUCAUGGGGGAGGUCUGUGCAGUUCCCUGUGCAGCAGGGACCUACGGCCCCAACUGCUCAUCCGUCUGUAGCUGUAACAGCGGUGGCACCUGCUCCCCAGUAGAUGGCUCCUGCACCUGCAAGGAGGGGUGGCAGGGCCUCGACUGCACCCUGCCGUGUCCCAGUGGGACGUGGGGCCUGAACUGCAACGAGAGCUGCACCUGUGCCAAUGGGGCGGCCUGCAGCCCCACCGAUGGUUCCUGCUUCUGCACCCCUGGCUGGCUGGGGGACAACUGCGAACUGCCCUGCCCGGAUGGCACAUUCGGGCUGAACUGCAGUGAGCGUUGUGACUGCAGCCACGCCGAUGGCUGCGAUCCCGUCACAGGCCACUGCUGCUGCCUGGCCGGAUGGACAGGCAUCCACUGUGACAGCACGUGUCCGCCCGGUCGCUGGGGCCCCAACUGCUCCGUGUCCUGCAGCUGCGAGAACGGCGGUUCCUGCUCCCCAGAGGAUGGGAGCUGCGAGUGUGCCCCGGGCUUCCGAGGACCCUUAUGCCAGAGAAUCUGCGCCCCUGGGUUCUAUGGCCACAGCUGCGCCCAGCCGUGCCCCCUCUGCGUGCACAGCAGCGGGCCCUGCCAUCACGCCAGCGGCAUCUGUGAGUGCCUCCCCGGAUUCUCCGGAACCCUCUGCAACCAAGUGUGUGCUGGAGGGCACUUUGGGCAGGACUGUGCCCAGCUCUGCUCCUGCGCCAACAACGGGACCUGCAGCCCCAUCGAUGGCUCCUGUCAGUGCUUCCCUGGAUGGAUUGGCAAGGACUGCUCACAGGCUUGCCCACCUGGGUUCUGGGGCCCCGCCUGCUUCCACACAUGCAGCUGCCACAACGGGGCGAGCUGCAGCGCCCAGGAUGGGGCCUGCCACUGCACCCCUGGUUGGACCGGACUCUUCUGCACGCAGCGCUGCCCAGCAGCGUUUUAUGGGAAGGACUGCGGGUAUGUGUGCCAGUGUCAGAAUGGUGCCAGCUGUGACCACAUCAGCGGCAAGUGUACCUGCCGCACGGGCUUCACCGGGCGACACUGUGAGCAGAGAUGUGCCCCAGGAACCUUUGGCUAUGGGUGUCAGCAGCUAUGUGAGUGCAUGAACAAUGCCACCUGUGACCAUGUCACAGGCACCUGCUAUUGCAGCUCUGGAUUCAAAGGGAUCAGGUGUGACCAAGCUGCCCUCAUGAUGGAGGAGCUAAAUCCCUACACCAAGAUCAGCCCAGCACUGGGUGCAGAGCGGCACUCGGUGGGUGCUGUCACAGGCAUCGUCCUCCUGUUGUUCCUCAUUGUGGUGCUGCUGGGCCUGUUCGCCUGGCACCGGCGGCGGCAGAAAGAGAAGGGCCGAGACCUGGCUCCCCGCGUCUCCUACACACCUGCCAUGAGGAUGACCAGCACUGACUACUCCCUCUCAGAUUUGUCUCAAAGUAGCAGCCAUGCCCAGUGCUUUUCCAAUUCCAGCUACCAUGCACUGGCGUGCGGGGGGCCUAACACCAACCAGGCCAGCACUCUGGACAGGAACAGCCCCACCAAGCUCAGUAACAAGUCCCUUGACAGAGACAUGGCAGGCUGGACCCCCUACAGCUAUGUGAACGUGUUAGACUCCCAUUUCCAGAUCAGUGCCCUGGAGGCCAGGUACCCGCCCGAGGACUUCUACAUUGAACUUAGACACCUCAGCCGCCCCGCUGAGCUACACUCACCAGGUGCUUGUGGAAUGGAUAGACGUCAGAACACAUACAUUAUGGACAAAGGCUUCAAAGAUUACAUGAAAGAAUCCGUAUGCAGUUCUAGCACUUGUUCCUUGAAUAGCAGUGAAAACCCUUAUGCCACAAUUAAGGACCUACCCAUCCUCACCUGCACGCUUCCAGAAAGCAGCUAUGUAGAAAUGAAGUCGCCUGUGCACACGGGGUCUCCAUACACAGAUGUGCCAUCCUUGUCGACAUCUAAUAAAAAUAUAUAUGAAGUUGAGCCCACAGUCAGUGUGGUCCAAGAAAGCCGUGGUUGUAACUCCAGCUAUAUCCAGAAUCCAUACGACCUACCUAGGAACAGCCAUAUUCCUGGUCAUUAUAACCUCCUCCCAGUAAGACAGAGCCCUGCCAAUGGGCCGUCCCAGGACAAGCAGUCUUGA